AUGGAAAGUGUACAGGCUGCCGCCGCCGACGACGCGCCGUCGGAUGGAGGCGCGACCAAGUUGAUGAAGAAGCCCGGCGGACCGCCUGUCGCCCGGGGGAUUCCAGAGGAUGAUGGCGGUGGACGGUCGGCAGCCUCGAACGGGAACAGCCUCUCUCAUUCCGCCUCCAUGCCGGCGACUGGUGCGUCAAGCCGGGCCGCGGCGUCCAAUGGCCGGGGCUCGUCCAGCAACUCCAGCUCCCUCCUGUUGAGACGGCGCCGCUUGAAGAGGAACCUCUCCGCCGCCGCCGCUGCUGCUGCUGCUGCUGCGGCCGCCUCCUCCUCCUCGGCUGUCAGCGCCAAGAUGAGCUCGGCCCUGUCCUCCGCGUCCCUUCACACCCGCAGCCUGGACAGGAAGACGCUGCUCAAGCACCGGCUCAACCUGCAGCCGCAGCCCGCCGAUCGCGAGUGGGUGAGAGCGGAUCUGCACCGCGGCUGCAUUCACGUACACGACAGGCUGCCGUCCUCGCACCCCAGGCCGGUGCUGUGCACCAUGGACAACACGGCCGGCGAGGUGGCGCUCCGUCUGAGUGAACUCCGCGGCAAGUCGAGCUCCGUCGUGCGCGUUUUUCGCACCGACGGCGGCUCCAAGACCGACCAAAAUGGCAACUGCAGCGUGGAGUGCGGCUUCGACGACGACGACCCCUGUCAGGCGAAGGACGGGUCGUCGCCGGCGAAGCGCGGCCAGCCGCCGCCGCCGGAGUCCACGGAGGCGCGCGGGCAUCCCGGCGACAGGCUGAGGCUGCUGCUCGUGGAAAACGCAGAGGGCAGGAAAAAGCAACAGGAAGUUGACGGGAAACUUUUCACGCCGGAGUCGGAGUCGCGGGACGACGUCACCUGCUCGCUGUCGGACCUCAACUCCAACGCGGAGAUGCCCCACGACGACGACGACGACGACGACUCGGAGCGCAGGAACGGCGCGGACAGCUACGGGCUCAACUCCGGCUCGGACGUGGAGAGCAGCGCGUUCGACGACCUGAGCUCCGUGGCCCGGCUCAGCGAGCACCGGGACUCCCUGAGCGACGACAUGAUCCUGGGCACCGACGCGUCCAUCCUCAGCCCCUCGUUCGACAGCGCCACGGAGGGCCACGACACGUGCGGCAGCUCCUCGGACGAGCUGGAGCUCGACUGCCCGGUGGACCACAGCAACGGCAUCUCGGCCGUCCCCGCGAGCUUCCAGCAGGGCAGCGCGGGGCGUUCGGAUGGCGUGAGAAAAACCACGGGCCCCGACGGCAGGCUCGACCCACUCGGCGUGGGCAGCCUGCCGCCCAGCAGCAGCAGCGACGGCUCCUUGUCGCGGCUGUGCUCCGCAGACGUCACGCCUGGCGCCCCGAAGCAGGAGCCGGCGGCCCCCAGCCCCACGCUGUACGUCCAGCUGCACGGCGAGGCCGUGAGGAGGCUGAGUCCGGACGAGAGGCCUCUGCAGAUCCAGAACCAGUUUCUGUUCAAGCUCGGAUUUAAGGACCCGUGGAGGGUUCAAGAGGAAGGGCUCAACACAGAAAUCGGCUCCCUGUUGCGCUUUUACGCAGGGAAGCCCCAAAGUAUCGAGAACUCCGAGCGGGUGCAGCUCUCGGGGACCUACAACGUCCGGAAAGGGAAGCUCCAGCUGCCGGUCAACCGCUGGACCAGACGGCAGGUCAUCCUGUGCGGCACCUGCCUCAUCGUGUCCUCCGUCAAGGAGAGCCAGAUCGGGAAGAUGCACAUCCUGCCGCUCAUCGGGGGGAAGGUGGAGGAGGUGAAGAAGCACAAUCACUGUUUGGCCUUCAGCUCGGCAGGGCCUCAAAGUCAAACCUACUAUGUCAGCUUUGACAGCUUCACAGAGCACCUGCGCUGGCACAGACAUGCUGCCAAGAUGGUCUCCCAGAGAAUCAACUCGGUUGAUUUGUCCUGCUGCAGCCUGGAACUUCUUCCCCCCAACCUUUUUUAUAGCCACGACCUCACCCACCUCAACCUCAAACACAACUUCCUGCCUGCGGACCAUCGCCUCGAGCAGCUGCAAAGGUUCUCUCGUCUCCGCAGCCUCAACCUCUCCAACAACCACCUCGGUCAGUUCCCGCUGGCCAUUUGUGACAUCCCCACCCUGACAGAGGUCAACCUCAGCUGUAACUACCUGGACUCUGUCCCCAGCUCUGUGGGCGCCAUGAGCAAUUUGCAGACGUUCCUGUUGGACGGAAACAGUUUAAGUGACCUGCCCUCUGAACUGGGGUCCCUGCGGAGGCUGAGCUACUUGGGCCUUUCCUUCAACCAGUUCAGCCACGUGCCGCAGGUGCUCGAGCGGCUGGCCUCCAUGGAGAAGCUGUGCAUGGCUGGGAACAACCAGGAGACGCUCACCCUGCAGGAUUUCAGACUGCUCCGUGUCAAACACAUCGAUUUAAGGUUGAACAAGAUCUCCGUCAUGGUGCCCGAUGAGCCUGACCUGCUGAGGCACGUGACCCAGCUGGACGUGAGGGACAACGGGCUGACGGAGCUGGACGCCUCCAUAUUUCCCAGGCUGGAGGUCCUUCACUGCGAGAGGAACCACAUAACGUGUCUUAAAGUCAAAGGUGCCCUGCUCAAAGGGAUCUACGCCUCCAACAACGAAUUACGACAGCUGGAUGUCAGUCCUGUGCCCUCCAAUCUCAGCUACAUGGAUAUCUCGAGGAACCACAUGGAGUCCCUGCCAGACUGGCUGUGCGAGGCGAAGAAACUGGAAGUCCUGGACGUGAGCCACAACCUCAUCACCGAGCUCCCGGCGAGGUUGUUCUGCAGCAACAGUCUGAGGAAGCUGAGUGCAGGACAUAACCAGUUGCAGAAGCUGCCUGAGAGAGUGGAGCGCCCUCUGCUGGAGGUUUUGGACGUUCAGCAUAAUCAACUGGUGGAGCUUCCCUGCAACCUGUUCCUCAAAUCCAACAGUUUACGAUGCUUAAAUGCAUCCGCCAACAAGCUGGAGCACCUGCCACCGUCCAGCCUGUCGGAGGAGAGCCACAGCAUCCUGCAGGAACUCUACCUGACAAAUAACUGGCUGACGGACAAGUGCGUGCCGAUGCUCACGGGUCACACGCACCUACGCGUUUUGCACAUGGCGUACAACCACCUGCAGACCUUCCCGGCCAGUAAAAUGGCCAAGCUGGAAGAGCUGGAGGAGGUGGACCUGAGUGGAAACAUGCUGAAGACUGUUCCCACCACCAUCAUGAACUGCAGGCGAAUGCACACGCUCAUUGCCCACUCCAACUCCAUCGAGGUCUUUCCCGAGGUCAUGCAGCUGCUGGAGAUGAAGUGUGUGGACCUGAGCUGUAACGAGCUGAGUGAGAUAACCCUGCCUGAGAACCUGCCUCCAAAGCUCCAGGAGCUGGAUCUGACUGGCAACCCUCGUCUCAACCUGGACCACAAGACCCUGGAGCAACUAAAUAACAUUCGCUGUUUCCGUAUCGAUCCACCACCAACCUUCUCCUCGAACGAGGGAUCUGGGGGCCCCGCUGUGUGGAGUCAUGGUUACACGGAGGCCUCGGGCGUAAAGAACAAACUCUGCGUCGCCGCCCUUUCGGUGAACAGCUUCUGCGGGAGUCGGGAGGCUCUGUACGGCGUGUUCGACGGAGACAGGAACGUGGAAGUGCCCUACCUGCUGCAGUGCACCAUGAACGACGUCCUGGCCGAGGAAAUCCACAAGACCAAAAGCGAGGAGGAUUACAUGACCAACACCUUCCUCGUCAUGCAGAGGAAACUUGGCACCGCCGGACAGAAACUCGGCGGCUCUGCGGCUCUGUGCCACAUCCGCCACGACCCCACGGACCCCGGCGGCUGCUUCAUCCUCACCGCCGCCAACGUCGGAAAGUGCCAGGCCAUCUUGUGCCGGGACGGGAAGCCCAUGUCCCUGUCGCUGCUGCACAACGUGGGCCUGGAGGAGGAAUACCGUCGGAUCAGGCAGCACAGAGCCAUCGUCACUGAGGACAACAAGGUGAAUGGAGUGACGGACUCAACAAGAAUCAUGGGCUACUCCUUCCUGUACCCCUCGGUCAUUCCUUGCCCCUAUGUCCAGACGGUGACCCUCACCCCUCAGGAUGAGUUCUUCAUCCUGGGUAGCCACGGGCUGUGGGACGCUGUGUCUCCCACGGAGGCAGUGGAGGCGGUCCGGAACGUCCCCGACGGCCUCGCUGCCGCUAAAAAGCUUUGCACUCUGGCUCAAGGCUACGGCUGCACGGACAGCCUGAGCGCGGUGGUGGUGCAGCUCAGCGUCAGCGAAGACUGCUGCUCCUGCUGCUGCUCCGAGCCCCCGCAGCCUCCCCCCAGCCCCGGCCUGGGGCCCUACCCUCCGUCCUCCUCCGCCAUCAAGGACCGGCCCUCGGACGGCUCCCUGCCCGUCCCGCCCUCUUCCUGCAGCGAGAUCAGCAGCGAGAUCAGCACCAGCGAGAUGAGCAGCGAGGUGGGCUCCACGGCCUCGUCCGACGAGCCUCCGCAGAGCUCCUUCGUGCUGCUGCAGGACCAGCCCCACCACCCGCAGCUCCACCUGCACCACCAGGCCCACCUGCUGUCCCUGCAGCACCAGCCGCCCCACGCGGGGCCCGCGCCCUGCCAGUACCUGCUGCCGGGGGCGGAGCUUCCCUCCGCCGCACGCAGCUGCUGCGCGCUCCACCCGGCCUGCCUGAGCGGCUCCUUCCAGAGGCAGCUGUCCAGCGCCACCUUCUCCAGCGCCCUGUCCGACAACGGGCUGGACAGCGAGGACGAAGAGCCCAUCGCGGGGGUCUUCCUCAACGGGAGCCGGGUGGAGGUGGAGGCCGACGUCCACUGCCUCAGGGCGGAGCUGUCGCAGCUACCGUCGCCCCACGCCCUCACGGCGCCGUCGUCCAGCCAGGAACGCGCCGCGCUCCCUCUCCCGCCACCCCCUCCGCCGCCGUGCACCCCCGAGCCGCUGGAGGAAGGAGGGGACCCGAGCCAGGCGGAGGCGGAGAACGGGCUAGAGAGAGACGAGUCGUGGCCGGGCGGGGGGGGAGCAGGAGCCGGGGACGGCGGGAGGCUGCCGGGAAAGUGGAGGCUCAACGGCUCAGUGGCGCGUCAGGAGAAGAGCCACAACCUCAUCGAGGUGGCGGCCGACGCCCCCUCCAAGAAGUCGGGGGGCUACUUCACGGCUCCGGCGCAGCCCGACCCGGACGACCAGUUCAUCAUCCCGCCCGAGCUGGAGGAGGAGGUGAAGGAGAUCAUGAAGCAGCAUCAGCAGAAACAGCAGAAACCGGCUGGGACGGAUCAGCCCACCGACUACUACGACACCCCGCUCUAAGCGGACGCACCGCCUCUAACCCAGAAACCAGGGAGACCCCCAGUGGGUUCCGCCGGGGGAGAAAGAUUUCAGAGCGGGCUUCUCCAACGCCGCGAGGAGGCGCAGCCACCGCAGCACUCACAGUGAAACAAGCAAACGAGCCCUUUAAUGAUCCUCCACCUCCUCCCAUCCCAUCGCCCGAGGACACAGAUUCCCGCAGACCGAAUGGCGUUGUGUUUUCUCCCCGUACAUAAUCAACACUAGUCUGUGCGCCGCAGAGUUGGCUCCUCACAGUACUUCAUAUGGACGAAUAUCCAACAGUUUAUUUUCUGUUUUGUAAGAACUUAAAUUAUCUUUCAACGUGAACGCAGCAGAGUUUCUAAGAUGAACCUUUUGAAAAACAGAGACUGUCUUUUUAUUAUCGAUCGACCUUUUGGUGAAUCAGACGCCAUUAACACCACACCUAGCUGUUGUAGAUAAAGGCACUUCAGAAUACUGUAUUUCUUCAGUGAAUCACAGCUCUUGGCCUGUAAAAUGACAUAGAGAUUUUUUUGUAGAAAAUUUCCAAUACUAACUCCUAGGAGUUGCAUAAUCUUUAUGGUGACUCAGUCACUUUUUUACUAAUCUUCUCUGAGAGAAAUGGUGAUUCUUUUUUUUUUCUUUUUUUUUUUUUUUCUUUUUUCAAUGAUUGUAAAUAAGAGAAACGUUGUAUACCGAUGCUUUUAAAGGAACUGCGCACCUGUAUGUCGGUGAAGGUUUUUAGCUGCGGGGAGGACGUGUUUGCUGUUAUGGAGGCGAGUCCCCAUUUACCCCACAGUGUAAACCCACAAAUACAACUUAAAAUUCACGCACACACACACACACACACACAAAUGUAAAUGUGCAAUUACAGGAUGGAAACUAACAUUACAUACGAUAUUUAUACACUAAGUCGCAAUGGUUUGCUCCACUUUGUUCAAUUGUGAUGUCCCGUAGUCAUCACCGUAUCUACUAAACACUAAUAGAUCUUUGCAUGCACACACAAACAAACAAACAGACACUCACAAAGACGUCCACACACACUCACACACACAGAUACUCACAGGCAAUUAGUCCCACCUCCCUCCUACAGUAACUGUUAUCACCGGCAUGACUGUGUCUAGUUCAGUAACACCAACAAGUAUAGCCACAUGGAAAAGAGACACUACAGAUGUUCCUGUCUUUGGUAUAAUAAAUUUUAAAUUUGUGAAUAUAA